AUGAAUGGAGGUGGGCAGAUCGGGAGGGAGGCGGAGGUGCGCUCAGAGGCGGAGCGGGGCGGGGCCGGCCCGCGCGGCGGCGUAUCGUGUCGGCGGGUGCUGCGCGGGGCUGCGGAAGCGGAAGGAGCGCAGCACGGCGGCGCGAAGGCGCAGGCGGCCGCCGGGGCACACCGUCCGGCAGGAGGCGGCGGCGGCGGCGGCGGGGGCGGCGGGAGCGGGAGCCCCGGGCCGCGCAGGAGGCCGCUAGAUCCGGAGGCGGAACGCCGCACGCGGGCCGCCGCUUUCCCUUUUUUCUCCAGGUCAACUGAGCGAUUUGUAAACAGCGUGGAUGUGUUAGUAGAGACGCUUUGGAGACUGUGGACUGACCUGCUGGAUGUUCUCGGAAUUGAUGCCUCGAACCUGACCCAUUAUUUUAGCCCUGCAGCUGUGGCCAACAAUCCCACUCGAGCUCUGCUGUUGGUUGGUGCGGUCCUCUUGGCCUACUGGUUCCUGUCUCUCUUUCUGGGAUUUCUCUUCUAUCUUUUGCACGUGCUAUUUGGUCGCUUCUUCUGGGUUGUGAGGGUCACCCUGUUUGCCCUCUCCUGCGUGUAUAUCCUGCAGAAGUAUGAAGGGGAGCCCGAGCAGGCUGUCCUGCCCCUCUGCUUAGUGGUCGCGAUUUACUUUAUGACGGGCCCUGUGGGCUUCUACUGGAGGAGUGGAGGCACCAGUGGUAGCUCCAACCUCAGCCUGGGCAGCCACAACUUGGAGGAGAAGAUCGACCACCUUGAUAGCCAGAUCAGACUUCUCAACAUCCGUCUCUCCCGGGUGCUCGAAGGCAUCGAUCGAGACAGCGACAAAUGAACCAAGCCAGGUUAAUCAUCUGUCACCAGCUCUUGGACAUCAAAAAGCACUAUCUUACUAAAAGUUACAAAGCAGUAACACAACAAACACAGUGUGAGGUUAUUGGACCACAUUACAACUUUAGGCUGAGAAGAAUUUUAAAACCACUCACGUAGAACACUGAGACACCCUGAGAACCAUUAGUUGUUAAAAAAAAAAUAUUUUUAAAAAAAAUGAUAAAACCCACAUUAGCUGUAUACUAAAAGAUUUAUCCAUAUAUAGAACAUACAAUUACUUUUUUCAAGUGUUUAAAGACAUAUUUUGUAAGGUUUUUAUAAAGGCAGAUUGAGUCAAGUCUAUUAAACCUUUAAGCGAGGCAAAGAUUAUGCACAUUUGGCAUUUUAGAGAAGAUUAAUCUCAAGCAUUUGUUUUCCCAGCUCUGAAAAUACAUUGUGGGUUCCACAUGUACAGGGUUUCCAUUUUCACAAGUUGUGAGCUUUGGGGGGAAGUGGAGAAUAGAGUUGGGGUUAUUAGAUGUCAUUUGGUGUAUGAAGAAAUAGGAAACUAUGAGUUCAGGCCAACAGAUGUAAUUAUUAUUAAUGGUCACUGCCCCGUUCAAGUUUACUUUAAAGAAAUUUUGUUAUUUUUUUUUCCAAGCCUACUUUUAAAGGAAGAAUCCAUUUCUUACAAGCAGAUCUGGGAUUUUUUUCUGUAUUUCGUCAUACUUGAAACCGGGGGUUUUCCUCCAGAGAAAGUAAAAAUCCAAGGAUCAGGCAGAGAAACAUUUGGGACCUUUGAGUCCGAAGUUAUGCUAGCAAGAUGGUAGUUGCAUUGAUACUUUGAACAGGCAAGUCUUGGUUUGAUAGCUCUUUUGGUUGACUCAGGACCCCAAUAGGACUUCUGAAAGACAAAAUAAAAAAAACAGCAGAUAA